UUAAGAAGUUAUUUGAUGAGGUUGUCAUGGCUGUUGUGUCCAACAAUCAGGACUUCAUGAAGAUUCAAAAUGAACUUGCAGGCAUGUUGGGUUUGAAAUUUGAGAUUAAUGAAACCAGCCUUCACGUUAGAGCAAAUAAACUUCGGAUCAGAUUGUCAAAUGGCAAAAGGAUUCUUGUAAUAUUAGAUGACGUUUGGAAAGAACUUAAGUUGGAGGAACUCGGAAUUCCUUUUGGAGUCGGCCAGCACUGCUGUAAAGUUUUAUUGACAUCUCGAAAUGAACAUGUGUGCGUCGAGAUGGGAUCUCAAAAGAACUUCGUAGUCGGAUUACUAUCUAAUUACGAAGCGUGGAAUCUUUUUAAGGAGAAGGCAGGAAUUGAAGAUGAUAAUACCGAGUUACAACCUGUGGCAAAAGAAGUUGCGGAUGAAUGUCGAGGGUUACCUCUUGCAAUUGUGACUCUUGCCAAGGCACUGAAACAUAAAGAGAAGAAUUCAUGGAAUGUUGCGCUUCGAGAACUAAGGAGAAAUACUAAAAUUCCCGAAAAGGUGGAAACAGCAAUAAAGUUAAGUUAUGAUAUGUUGGAAAGGGAUGAAUCCAAAUCAUUGCUUCGGCUUUGCAGUUUAUUUCCAGAAGAUUAUGAUAUUCCUAGUGAAUGCUUGGUGAGAUAUGCUGUCGGGCUACGUUUGCUUGAAAAUGUUGAGACCGUGUUAGAGGCAAGAGAAACGGUGUACUCAUUAAUCGAUCAACUCAAAAGCUGUCACUUGAUACUAGUUGGUGAUGAGGAGAGUGUGAAGUUACAUGAUGUUGUACGAGAUGUAUGCAUAUCAAUUGCAUCUAAAGGUAAGGAUGCAGUUAUGGUAAGAUGUGAUGCUGGCUUGAAAAAGUGGCCCCAAGAAGAUACAUUCCGACAUUAUUCAGCCAUUUCGUUGAUGUUUGGUGAAUUUAAUGAGUUUCCAGUUGGCUUAGAUUGUCCAAACCUCAAGAUUUUACAGCUGCAAUGCAGGUACGAAAGUAGGGAACAGGAUGAAUUUUGUACCAAAUUUGAUUCAGGGAUUUUUUUGAAGGGAUGACAAAACUCAGAGUUGUUAGUUUAAGAUCCAUGUUCCUUCAACUUCCACCACCACCACUCAAAUCCAUGAUGAACCUUCGAACAUUGUGUUUAGAUUUUUGCAAGUUGGACACCACCAACGUAUCAAUGAUUGGAAGCCUAAAGAGCUUGGAAAUUCUCAGCAUUUUUAUGUCAACUCUUCGUGCAUUACCAAGCGAGAUCGGAGAGCUCGGUAAUCUAAAAUUGUUGGAUUUGAGGUGUUUUGUCAGUGAUGGACUUCCACCUGGUGUUUUGUCAAACUUGAAUAGACUCGAAGAGUUAUACAUGGGAAAAAACUUUUCGGAAAGGGCUGAACACGCGGAGUUGAAUUCAUUGCCUGAUCUGAACACGUUAGAAAUUUUCUUAAGUGCUGAAUAUAUGCCAAAAUUGAAAGACUUUCGCUUUGACAAUCUGACAAGAUUUAAAAUUUCGAUUGGGACUUAUGCUGGAACACUGGAUCAAUAUCAUUUCCAAAACGAAUUGGUCCUUCUAUCUUCUGACAUGGGCAUGCUUUUUGGGAUUGGACUUAGGACGUUAUUGGAGAGAUCUGAAAUUAUCACGUUAUUAGAUAUGAAGGGCUUGGGAAGGAAUCUUUUCGAUGAACUAGAUGAAAAGGAAUCUGUAAAUUGGAAGGAACUUUUGGUUCGUAGUUGUUAUGAGCUUGAAUAUCUUAUUCAUAGGGCUCUGCCGGGAAAAAGAUUUGGACAACUAAAAAAGUUAACUUUAUUGAGGCUACCUGCCAUGAAGAGUCUUUUCACGGGGUCCGUAGUUAAAAGCUUCGUGCAACUCCAAGAAUUAGGUAUAUACUGGUGUUCUCAGAUGGAAUAUAUUGUUGCCAAGGAAGAGGAAGAAGGCAAAAAAAGUACAGAAAGAAUUGAGUUUCCAAAACUGAAGCACUUGUGCUUGAAUGAUCUCCCAAUGCUUCGAAGCUUCUACCCCAACUCAGACAAUGUUGCCAUAGAAAGUCUGUUCCACAGACAGGUUUUGUUGCCUAGCCUUGAGAUGCUAGAGUUGCUCGGAAAAAACAAAGUACACAUAGUGGACUGCCAUAUGCAAGUUGGGUCUUUUGACCAACUACGAUACAUAUUUGUUUCAGAUUGUGGAUUGUUGAACUUGGCUGCAGCGGCUCAACUAGAACUGUUUCGAAGCGUCCAAAGCAUUCGAAUAGAGGGUGGUGAUGCACUUGAAGUCGUGUUUGACUUGGAGGGGCUAAAAGCUAAGGGUGAACAGGCAGAAGUUAUACUCGGUCAGUUAGAGUCAUUGAAGAUCCAUUAUUCAUCUAACUUAAUGCGUAUAUGGAAGAUGGUUCCCAAAGGACUUCAAGGUUUCCACAAUUUGAAAACACUUCAAAUUUCCUAUUGUGGGAGCUUGAGAUAUCUGUUGUCACCUGUUAUGGUAAACUUACUUGUGAAUCUGCGAGAUUUACGCCUUGUAAAUUGCGAGAUGAUGGAAGAAAUUAUUGAAACAGGGCAAGGUUACCCUGAAAUCAGAAUUAUGGAUGACAUAGUCACAAACCAAGAAGGAGAAGAAGUGAUUGUGUUCCCACGAUUAAGCAGACUAGUCCUUUUUAAUCUAGAAAACGUAACCGUUUUCUACUCUGGAAAGUGUGGACUUCAAUUUCCCUCAUUAGAUCAAGUGCACAUAAGCAACUGCCCGAAAUUGAAAUUUUUUUGUUCCGGACCGCUAUGCACACCGAAGCUUGAAAGAGUGAACACCAGCAAAGAUCAAUGGCUUUGUAUGCGUGAUCUUAGCACCAGGGAUAUCGAGUGUGUUUGGAUGGGUGAUCUUAACAAGACAGUACAACACAUAUGAGAAAGGUACAACUUUAUUCUUUAUAAUUUCUAAUCAAUACAACUUUCAUUCUGUUUUUGUAAUUUUGCCUUCAAGAAAUGGAGGUAAUAAUUAUGCAUACUACUGUCCGGGUUAUUUUAUAGUGUGAACUAUUUUCACUGUAAAUCUUUUCCUAAAAUCAAAACAUCCCUUUUCAUUUCUGUGUAACACAAUAGUCCUUAUCAGGGAAGCAACACAGUGAUUUCACAAGAAGAUGAAGAUGAUGAUGAAGAAGAAGAGAAGGAAGAGGCAGAAGAUGAUGUGAAGGAAAAGAAGAAGCAGCAACAGUAGAAGCAAAUGAAGAACCUGAUGAUGAAGAUUAAGAAAAAGGCAUUACUUUAAAGCGCUCUCUCUCUCUCUCUCUCUCUCUCUAUCUGUGUGUGUCUGUGUGUUGAAAACCAGUAGAUAGUUAAAUAAUAUGAUAAUGUGUGUGACCCUUUGUUUGUAUUAUGACAAGUUUUGACAGUAAAAACACCACUCAUCGCUGCAAUAGAUUGGAGGUUAAUUUGUAUUUUAGGUUGCAAGACAAAAAACAUUCUAUUGAGAGCAAUUAUUUGUAAUUUGUAAGAAGUUUCACAGACUUAGGGUACCAGAAUUGGUUAGUGAAUUUUGAAUUUCGGAUUCCAUCGGAUUGGCCUCUGCUGGUUGUGAUUGUCUGGCACCAGAAUUGGUUUCUAAUUGGGUUUUGG